AUGGUUGUCGGAAAGAAUGGAGCAAAUCAACAGGAUGAAUCCGUGUACAAUUUAAUCCCUCGUACACAAUAUCAUGCGCCAAAACCACCUCGUUACGAGUCAAGAUUCAAAUCGACCGUUCGUGAUUCAUCGAAAGAUCGCACAUAUGAACAUCGAACGAUGGGUUAUGCCGAAGAACCACUACCUGAUCCACAACAAUUUUUGAAAAAGAAACAAGGUGAAAGCAGAGCGGCAGCCGCGGCCGUCUCCAUUCCAAAGGAUACAAUAAAAUGUAAAGAUUGCCAACCACGUAAACCACCUAUUCCAAGUAUCCACGACGCACCUAAAAUGGGCGUGAGAACCGAGAAAAACUUUGUUCAAACCAAUGCUUUGGAUACUGUUAUGACAGUGCCGAAGAAACCACAAAGAAAUAUCGUUGAUGCUCGACAUGGAGAUAAAUAUCCAAUCGAUCCAAGUGGUCUAACACCAAAAUAUGUAUUUAAAAAAAAUUUUGGUGAAGUACCUGUAUACAUAAAAAAUCGUCGAAACGACAUGGAAAAGGCAAAACAAGAAUACCAAACAUAUGUUUCAGAUUACUUCCGUCGUGGAGCGAUGCGCGAAAUGGGCGACGAUGAGCGACAAACAAUUAUCGAUGGUUUGAAAAAACAAUGGGAAGAUGUUCAUCAUGAAUAUCAAACUUUAUCGGUUAUUAUCGACACGAUUCCGAAACGACAACACAAAGAACGGCUUGAAUACGAAAUGAAAAUGCUUGAAAAAGACAUUGAUUUACUUGAAAAACAUCAAGUCAUUUAUAUUGCAGACUAA